ACCAAAUACUGGACCGUACAUAUCAACACGAAGUAUCUUGUUCCAUAAAUUAGCUUUAAAAUUUGUGGUUUUCGAUUUGUUGCAGUGGCUUUACUCUUUUUUCGUUUGAAUAAAUUCUAAGAGCGGAUUGUUAAGACGUUACGGGUAAGACACCUUCAAGAUGGAUACCUCCAAACUUCCAAAGAUCGAGGAUGAGGAGCGAGAGAGCCAGUUUGGAUAUGUACAUGGGGUUUCUGGUCCAGUUGUGACAGCCACGGCAAUGGCAGGAGCUGCUAUGUAUGAACUGGUUCGUGUGGGCCACAGUGAGCUGGUGGGAGAAAUCAUUCGUUUAGAGGGAGACAUGGCAACCAUCCAGGUCUAUGAAGAGACAUCGGGUGUGUCUGUUGGUGACCCUGUCCUUCGCACAGGAAAACCCCUCUCUGUUGAACUGGGUCCAGGUAUCAUGGGGUCCAUCUUUGAUGGAAUCCAGCGUCCACUGAAGGACAUCAAUGACCUCACUCAGAGCAUCUACAUCCCCAGAGGAGUCAACAUAGGUGCCCUCAACAGAGAUGCCAAAUGGGAAUUUUCCCCUGGCCAGAGCCUUAGAGUUGGCAGUCACGUCACAGGUGGUGAUAUCUACGGCAUGGUGUUUGAGAAUUCCCUAAUCAAGCACAAGUUGAUGCUUCCACCGCGGAACAGAGGCACUGUCACCUAUUUGGCCCCACCUGGAAACUAUGACAUCUCUGAUGUGGUCCUGGAACUAGAAUUUGAAGGAGUGAAGGAGAAGUUCACUAUGGUACAGGUUUGGCCAGUACGACAAGUUCGCCCAGUCACAGAGAAGCUACCUGCCAAUCAUCCGCUGCUUACUGGCCAGAGAGUUCUGGAUGCCCUAUUCCCCUGUGUGCAGGGCGGCACCACUGCUAUACCGGGUGCUUUUGGGUGUGGGAAGACGGUGAUCUCACAGUCCUUAUCCAAGUACUCCAACAGUGAUGUCAUCAUUUAUGUGGGCUGCGGAGAGCGUGGAAAUGAAAUGUCUGAAGUAUUGCGAGACUUCCCUGAGCUCACUAUGGAAGUGGAUGGUAAGAUUGAGAGCAUCAUGAAGAGAACGGCAUUGGUCGCCAACACUUCCAACAUGCCUGUGGCUGCCAGAGAAGCUUCUAUUUAUACAGGGAUCACACUGUCUGAGUACUUUAGGGAUAUGGGCUAUAAUGUGAGUAUGAUGGCUGAUUCGACAUCUCGGUGGGCUGAGGCUUUGAGGGAAAUCUCUGGAAGAUUGGCAGAAAUGCCUGCAGACAGCGGAUACCCUGCUUACCUUGGUGCCAGGCUAGCCUCUUUUUAUGAGCGUGCUGGGCGUGUGAAGUGCUUGGGGAAUCCAGAGAGAGAGGGCAGCGUCAGCAUCGUAGGAGCUGUGUCACCUCCUGGUGGGGAUUUCUCAGAUCCAGUCACUUCAGCUACAUUGGGUAUCGUUCAGGUGUUCUGGGGAUUGGAUAAGAAGCUAGCUCAGAGAAAGCAUUUCCCUUCAGUAAAUUGGCUCAUUAGCUACAGCAAGUACACACGUGCUCUGGAUGAAUACUACGACAAGAAUUUCCCCGAGUUUGUGCCUCUCCGUACAAAAGCAAAGGAGAUUCUGCAGGAGGAGGAGGAUUUGGCUGAAAUCGUGCAACUUGUGGGCAAGGCAUCGCUUGCUGAGACUGACAAGAUUACAUUAGAAAUUGCUAAAAUCCUCAAGGAUGACUUCCUGCAGCAGAAUGGUUAUACCCCAUAUGACAGAUUCUGCCCCUUUUACAAAACUGUUGGAAUCCUCUCCAACACGAUUGCAUUCUAUGACUUGGCCCGACACGCAGUGGAGACCACAGCCCAGAGUGACAACAAAAUCACCUGGGCAAUGAUCAGGGAGCACAUGGGAGAGAUCCUCUACAGGAUCAGCUCAAUGAAGUUCAAGGACCCAGUUAAGGAUGGGGAGGCCAAGAUCAAGGCAGACUAUAACCAGCUCCUGGAGGACAUGCAGAAUGCCUUCCGUACCCUGGAAGACUGAGUGCAUACACUCGUAGUCCCUCUCUCAGUCCUCCGAGUCCUGGUGCGACGUAGUGAAAAUAUUGGUGGCCCCUGUUGUCCUCUUACUCAUUCCUUGGUGUUUACGCCCCCUCUUAACAUUCCAUUGUGGUCCUAAUGUUCAAAUUGCGUUUUAGUCAUUUCAACCACCCAUCAGCUUCUCCAAGGCGGUAACUGGAAUCCUUGGGUUUUUCCAAAAGAUAGAGGUCCCGUUGCCUUUGCAGCAACACCACCUUCCAGCCAUUUGUAUAGCACUUGUCUUUACAUGACUUGCCUGCUUGUAAGCCGUGAUGAAAAAAUUACUAUAACAUCAUGAUGCGGUUAAAAGCGCAGGGCCCCAAUCUGCUGCAGCAGUUGCACUUGACCACUACCUGCAACAAAGACUCCUACCCCAGGAGGGCAGAACAUUUACCCUCCAGACUUGACAGUUAUUAUUACAGAUUGUCAACAACAUGGGAACAUGCACAAGAGAAAAGGGACAGAUGCGCCAUGUUUAUAUCAGGGGGGAUUCAAGGGGCUCCUUCUCCUCCUUACCUCCCAAGAAUGACAGUGAUGUUGUAUACUUUUGUUAUUACUGUACUUGUGAACUUGCGGAUGAAUGAGAUUGUGUUAGAUUUCAGUUGUAAAAGGUGUCAUACUGUUAUAUUUAUGGCACACCAAUGUAUCCAAAAAUAAAUUUUCAA